UACUACAGUAUGUGUUGAUCGGAAAUAUAUGAAACAAUUUUUCAAUUUGAUGAAACAAUAAUACUGGUAAAAUAAAGUAAUUACAUCCAAUUACUCGAUUCGUUUACUAUAAAGACCGUUACCUUGAAGAGUGAAGUAAAUAUGAAAGAUGUACAGUAGAAAAAGUAAGUAAGAACCGAAUAAUUGUAAACACGAGAUGAUCUGCGAACUAUCGAUAAGUAUCGCGGUUGGUUAGCCAGAAUAUGAGCUGACAGUAUCGAGCCAGUAUUGCUCCGAACGUCGCGCUAGCAAGUUGUAAGAGCUAUAGGAUAACGAUGUAUCCAUGUGUAAAUACGCGUGUAAUGUCGUAUUGUGAGAGUGUGUGGCUACCAGCGUGUCGAUUGGGAUAGCCUGCACAAUGAAAUAAAGUGAGUGCUAGCUGUGCGGAAUGCGGAAUCCACGGGCUGGUCUCCUGGGGACCUGAUGCGAGGUGUUACACCACGUUGGUGUGCGAAUUGAAUGCAGUGGAAACUGAUCCGCGUAAUCUCUUCCGGUAUGGUUCUAAGAGCCAGAUAAACCGGUCGAGUAGGAAGUCGGGAGUUGCAUAACGUCAUUCACUCGCACUUCCUAUUCUGUCUUCAUUUUUAUUUCCUACACCGUCGCAGCAGCGUGAAAACCUUCGCAACACCAGUUGAACUGCAAACUGCGACUUGAACGCAGUACUAAUAAUCUAAUGCCCACAACUAAUCCAAAUUCGUGGCAGUGUUUCUCUUGGCACUAUCAAGUCAUGCUUUUUGUUACCAUUGCGGUGUUUGUGGCUAUCGCUUCGAUCUACUGGUACCUCACGUGUAAUUACAACUAUUGGAAGGCACGCGGUAUCCCCUUUCCAAUACCGCAACUCAUUUUUGGCAACACGAAAGAAAUUACUCUGCUCAAAACUACGAUCGGUGAGGGUUUGCAGAAUAUAUAUAAAAAAUACGAGGGAUGUUCGUUUGUGGGAAUUUACGAACUCAGAACACCGGUACUCCUGUUACGGGAUCCAAAACUCAUCAAACUAGUUCUGAUCAAGGAUUUCACCCACUUUCAAGGUCGAGGUAUCGUGUCUAACGAAAGCGUUGACCCGCUGUCAGCCAACCUUAUCAAUCUUUGGGGACCCAGGUGGCGAGUACUGAGGACGAAACUGACUCCCGCUUUCACGGCGGCCAAGAUUCGAAACAUGUUUGACCUGAUCGCCGAGUCCUCGAGGCAAUACAAGGACUUUCUGAAGCAGUACGCUGAUUCCGAGGAGGAUUUGGAAUUCAGAAAUCUCGCUGCAAAAUUUACAACACAAGUUAUCGGUACCUGCUGCUUCGGGCUUCAGACAAACGCCAUCCAGAACGAGGACUCCGAGUUUCGAAAGAUGUGCCGGAAGGUGAUCCGUCGGCGAUUAGAAAUGGGCCUUAAUCCUCCGGACGUCACGGCGUUCUUUUUGGACGCCGUGCGUGACCUCGUCGAGUAUCGGGAAAAGUACGGAGUGAUCAGGCCCGACUUUAUGCACUUGCUAAUGCAGAUUAAGAACGAGGGGAAAGUAAACGGCGGCGGUGAUUGCGACAUAAAUUGCCACGGGUCCAACUCCGGGAAGGUGGCCGAUGCUACGAGAAUUCUCAAGGAUCCGGAUAUCGUCAUAGACGAAAAAGUGAUGGCAGCACAGGCCUACAUAUUUUUCCUCGCCGGCUUCGAGACGUCCUCAACAACUAUGAGCUUCGCUCUUCACGAGCUGGCGUCGAACCCGAAAAUUCUAAACAAGCUCACCGCCGAGAUUGAUACAGCCCUGAACAAACAUCGCAGCUUCUGCUACGAAGCAAUUUCAGAAAUGGACUACCUGGACCGAGUGAUUCAAGAAACCUUGCGAAAGCACCCACCGGUAGGAAUGGUCCCCCGCCUCUGCAAUAAGGCCUACAAAAUUCCUGGGACAGAAACGGUCAUCGAGGAGGGUACCAAGGUUCUAAUACCCAUUCACGCGAUCCACCGCGACCCUGCCUACUAUUCCGACCCAUCACUCUUUGAUCCGGACCGUUUUCUAGACGAGAACAAAAAGUCCAGGGAGCAUUGCACGUUUCUGCCCUUCGGGGAAGGGCCCAGAAUAUGCAUCGGAACUCGCUUUGCGUACAUGCAGACGAAGGCUGGCCUGGUGGCACUUCUCUCAGGAUACGAAGUAAAUCUCUGCUCAAAGUCAAGCAUCCCGCUCGAGUACGACCCGACUGCCAACAUUCUUACCAGCAAGUCCGGAAUCUGGUUGAAAAUUCGUCACCGUUGCAAACGAAAUGCUCGAUCCCAGUUUGCAUGACCGA